AGGAAGCAAUAUCAGAAGUUCGUGUAUCAGUCUUCUUUAGUAAUCUGACGAGUUUGAAUUCUUUGAAGAAGGAAGAAAAAGAAAAAAGAUCAUCGAAAAUGAAGAUCGCAUAUCUGAUCGUCCUAACAGUAUUUCUCGUUUAUACCGAGGCUAAAGUAGUACCACCUAGCAAUGUUGAAGCUCAACAAACGUCGAAUCAACCUCUUCAAUUAUCCGAAUUAAUUAGUCAAGCACAAGCGAAUAUCAAUACUUUGGCAGUUCAGCUUCAAGAAAAACUGAAUCUUCCUGAUCAAGAAACCCUCAUUAAAAACGUCAAAGAACAAAGUACGAGUUUCGUGAACAAUUUACAGGAAUUCGUGAAAAAUGUAACAGAACAGGUUAACGAAAAAACUCCAGAAUUAGAAAGACUGUGGACUGACGUGAAGGGAAAAUUAAACAAGGUCGUUGAAGAUAUCAAUGCUCAAAUUCCAAAUGCAGGUGAACAGCUAAAUCAAUUGCAAACCAAGUUACAAGAAGGAUUACAAAUCGUCGUACAAGAAUCCGACAAGACAGUCAAAGCUGUUAGUAAAAAUUCGGAGAAAGUACAAGAAGACAUUGCCAAAUUUACAAAGCAAGCUGUCGAACUUGCUGUUCAAACCACGCAAAAUCUAAACAGUCAAUUGCAACAAACGGCUAAAAGCAGUUAAAAAAAUAUAUAUAUACAUAUAUACAAAUGAAUAAAUAAAAAAGAAACAAGAAAAAGAAUGAUUUAAAAUUCGUCGAUGUUAUUAUAUUCUUUUUAUUCACAAAAUGAACUAAUUAAAAUUAAUCUAAACGUACAAUGUCGCAAUUUCGAUAAAUGUGAGGAAGGGAAAAAAAAAGAAAAAAAAGGAAACACGUGUUAAGAUGAGAAACUAUUUUUGUAUUUGAAAAAA